AUGGAUGAGGCUCUAGUGCAGGAGCGGGUUGCUCGUCGUCGCACGUUGGCUAAAAUUGAGAAAAUGAUCAAGGCAACUCCGAAUCAUCAUGUUGAAGCCCACGACCUGAAGGCGGCCAGUAUCCGUCACCUUCCCUUAUCCCUUGAAGGGGAUACUCAACACUAUCCGCUCUUUUUUAGACCAUACAAAAGAGAACUGCCUCUACCACAAAAAGAAAAGGAGGAGAAAUUGCUGAAAUUUAAGCCUGAUCCAGAUCACAUCAUGUGGGAUACUCGCGAUAUGGAGAUCUUUCUUACUCGCCACUUUCAUGAGUGCUGGGAAUAUGCAUCGCUGGAGUACCCUCAUAGCCCUCCGCUGUCUGGUAUAUACCGAGAGAUUGGAGAUUACAAAUUUGGACAACUUCUGGACUGUAUAGGGUUCAACUGGUAUGCUGUGUCAGUAACCGACUAUCCAGCGGGAAACUAUCCACACUUCAAAGUUAUGUUGGAAAGCGAAGCGAUUGGGGAUGAUCGACUACUGCGCGGAGAAAUUAUAACUAUUACCGACAUCAUGGCUACUCGCCUGAAGACUAGCUCGCUGCGCCAGCAUACAAUUGCCCCAAUGCUAGUCAUGUCUCUUAUGGGCCCUCGCCAUUGUCGCGUACUGGAGGCUGAUUUUGACGGAAAUUUUCUCAACAUCCGUGCUUCCAGGCUGUACGAUUUCACACAAAAGAAUACCGAUACUGUGCAAUGA